UUCCUUGAAGCUUCUGUGCUGCGAAGGGGCGCGUGACCUCAGCUGUCAAAACAAAUGGCGGAGAGCGGCCUAACACUGCCGCUAACGCCUUUGAAUUAUUGUGAUUUUGUUGUCAAAGACGAAGACAGAAAGUUGUUGACAUGGGAAAACUUUAAUUGCUGGAUCAAAUGCUUUUGCAUUGUUACAUUUGACUUAGAGCUCGGUCAAGUCAUAGAGAAAACCUUUCCAAAUCAUGUUGAACUUGAUGAAAAGGAGAGGGCAAAUGUUUGUUACCUUGCAUUUCCUGAUUCAAAUACUGGUUGCAUGGGAGACACACAGUUUCAUUUUAGAAUCCGAUUAUCUCCAUCUUCUGCAGUAGAAAAGGUGCCAAGAAAUACAGAGAGAGAACUGCCAGUUUAUCUUAGGAAAGACAGCAGCCAUUAUUAUGGCUUUGUUUUCUUUCGCCAAGUCAAAGAUCCAAGUCUGAAAAGGGGAUACUUUCAAAAGUCCGUUGUUCUUCUCAGCCAAUUGCCAUAUGUGAAUCUGUUCAGUCAUUUGAUCAAAAUGAUAGCGCCAGAGUAUUUUGAGAAUGGUGAUGCAGCCAUGGAAACUGUGUGCUAUCAAAUGGACAAAUGGUCGUUGCCGUGUCCUGGUCAGACGCUGCAGUUGCCGCUUCUUGGCAGUGUAUUGCAGUUAAGAAUACCCUCAAAGAAAGACAAGCCUGGAGCCGUUGCCUCACCUGAAAAGGAAAUAGGCAAGCAAGUUGGUAUUCCUCUGCAAAUAUUUCCAAACCUCAAUGAAAUCAAUAUAUUCAAAGCCUUUAUCCCAGUUCUGCCUCAUAUUCACUUACUUUGGGAGCUUGUACUUCUUGGAGAGCCGGUCGUUGUAAUGGCGCCAACCCCAAAAAUGUGUUCUGAAACAAUCCAGGCUUUAGUUGGACUUAUACUUCCACUGCGGUAUUCUUGCGAUUUUCGACCUUAUUUCACGAUACACGACAGCGAUUUUAAGGAGUAUACAACAAAGACACGGCUUCCGCCACCGGUUUUACUUGGUGUAACAAAUCCAUUUUUUGCAAAGACGUUGCAACAAUGGCCUCAUAUCAUUAGAGUUGGGGAAAUGCCAACUUUGACGAUAACGAGGUCGACAGGCCCAGGGCCUUCUGGACGUAAAGAGCAACAGCUCAAGCAAGGUGUCUAUACCAAGUACAAACCGAUGCUUGAAAGAGACAAGCAAGUCCUCAAAAGGCUGGCUAAGGGCUAUUCCAGUGCAAGGCCUUUGGAAGCCCAAAACGCACUCUUGAGGCGCCAUUUUGUUGAGCUCACUCAGAGCUUUAUGAUUCCACUAGAAAGAUACAUAAGCAGUCUGAUGCCGUUGCAAAGGAGUAUUUCGCCCUGGAGGUCUCCGCCGAAACUGAAACAGUUUGAUACGGAAUCUUUUCUCCGCACACUAGGCAAUUUUGGACCACAGUUAACGUCAAAGUUAAAAGGAAACUGGAACGGUCUUUACAGGAAAUUUUUCCAGUCUCCGAAUUUCGAAGGGUGGUUCAGAAAUCGUAGAGAAGAAAUCAAUCAAAAAUUGGAAAUUCUUCACUUAGAAGCAAUUUGCAAUGCGGACAUAGGAAUGUGGGUUCACGAUAAAUUUGAAGUGGAGAUUGUAGAUUUGUAUAUGCAAAUUAAAGAAAAAUUGUUAUCAGCAAGAUCAAGUAAAUUGCCAGUUGUCAUGCGAAGAAAGCUCAACAUACAGCUCAAUCGAGUGUUAGGAUUUUUACAACCUGACUUGCAACUUGUCUUGAGACAAAGUUAGAGGUUUCAGAUAUCAUAGCCCACUCAUUUACAAAUGUUUUUGUAAAAAAAUUAUUUCUAGAUAUCCUAUUAGUGAUCUUUUUUAAUAUAUGUACAAACGUAGUGUGUAAUAAAGUUGUAUUUAGAAUGCAAACAUUCAAUUUGUUUCUAUGUUGCAUUAAGCUAGGUGUAAUAUUAGCCAAAUUAAACAAUUCCUGGUUUGUUGUUCAAGGCGUGUUUUUAUUUCAUUUUGAAGAGGCCCAAUUUGAUAGCUUUAAAUUUCAAAUAGAUCCCUGUAAAAUCUGUUCUCGUCUUUGCCUGUUUUUUUUGCAAAUAAAACGAAAACAAAUUGCAAAAAGUACGCCAAUUGGAAACUGUAGCCUGCUUAUUCACUCGAACAUUAAGGAGGCGACAAGAAUUUCGGUAGAGAGGCGAAACGAAAGGAGAAAAAUUGCAUGGUACCUAAUUAGGUUGUUGUAAGUUGACCCUUGAUUUUGAUCUCAUUUUGCUUUUAAUCAACCAUAUUUUUAAUUUUGCUCAAGAGAUAUUUCACAAAAGACGAUUUUAACUCAUUGGACCAUUUGAACCAUUCUUUUUUUAGUUUUUACAGCUCGUGUUAUGUCGGCCUUCAAUAUAUUUCUACGCUAUUUAAUUUUUAUUGGUAUUAGUGAGAAGGCUUAACGAAUCUUAGGUUUGCAUCAGGAACUACAGAAGUUUGUAUUUUUUGUUUCUUUAAAAGUUUUCUUGUUGUAUUCCCUGUUGUAUUUCUUGA